ACUCAUUUAACCGAUUUAAAUGUUAUUAUCAAAUGGUACUAAAAAAGUAAAAAACUAAAAAUACAAUACUCCGCAUAAAUUCUGUCAAAUUGAAUGAUUUAUAGUUAUUAGCCCAAAUGUUUGAUCCGGUCCAAUUCAUCCGACAUCUACCAUCUCUGUAGUGCUCAUCUCUCAGACAGACGGUCGUACGCUAUAUUGCUCCGUCCGUUUCCUUUUCGUCUAAUGUCCUGAGACUAGUCAUGCCUGAACAACGAAAGGGAAAUGGUCCUCCUGCCAAUGGGAAUGCAUCUACCGGGAGUGGUUAUAAAUUUGAUUUGGAUUCCUUUAGUAGAAGGCUUAGAGCGCUAUAUGCACAUUGGCGUGAACAUAGAGAUGAUCUGUGGGGUUCCUCUGAUGUCCUUGCUAUAGCAACACCUCCUCCUUCUGAGGACUUGAGGUACUUGAAAUCUUCAGCCAUGAACAUUUGGUUGCUAGGAUAUGAGUUCCCAGAAACAAUUAUGAUUUUUGGAGAAAAGCAGAUCAAUUUUUUAUGUAGCCAAAAGAAAGCAUUCUUGCUUGAAGCUGUUAGAAAAACAGUUCAAGAUGUUAUAGUGGCUGAUAUUAUUAUGCAUGUGAAGGCCAAAAGUGAGGAUGGGACCACACAAAUGGAUGCUAUUCUCCAUUCAAUCAGCUCUCAACAGAAGUCCCCUGUAAUUGGGUACAUUGCAAAAGAGGCACCUGAGGGGAAACUCCUUGAGACAUGGGCUGACAAGUUAAAGAACUCGGGACUUCAACUUGGUGAUAUAACACAUGGAAUAUCUGAUAUUUUAGCUGUAAAAGACCAGAAUGAGAUCAUGAAUGUGAAGAAGGCUGCUUAUUUGACUGCUUCAACAUUGAAGAACUUUGUGGUUCCAAAGCUUGAGAAGGUUAUAGACGAGGAGAAAAAAGUAACUCAUUCUUCAUUGACGGAUGAGACAGAAAAGGCUAUGCUUGAACCGGCUAAAGUCAAAGUGAAGCUGAAGUCUGAUAAUAUUGAUAUAUGUUACCCACCCAUCUUCCAGAGUGGUGAGAAAUUUGAUCUCAGACCCAGUGCAGUUAGCGAUGAUGAUACUUUGUACUAUGAUUCUGCCAGCGUUAUCAUAUGUGCCGUGGGUUCUCGAUACAACAGCUACUGCUCAAAUGUUGCCAGAACAUUCCUCAUUGAUUCGAUUCCAAUGCAGAGCAAGGCUUAUGAAGUGCUUCUUAAAGCCCAUGAGGCAGCAAUUGCUGCCUUGAAACAGGGAAACAAGAUUAGUGCUGUUUAUCAGGCAGCACUUGCUGUGGUUGAGAGAGAAGCUCCUGAACUGGUUAGCAACUUGACAAAAACGGCCGGAACUGGAAUUGGACUGGAGUUCCGAGAGUCAGGGUUGCUGCUUAAUUCGAGAAAUGACAAAGUGCUUAAAGCAGGAAUGGUCUUUAAUGUCUCUCUGGGUUUUCAGAAUGUGGUGGCUAAGACCAGCAAACUCAAGAGGAACUUCUCACUUCUGCUUGCAGACACGGUGAUUGUAACCAGCGAAGGCCAUGAUGUGGUGACCAAACUGAUCUCCAAAGCUCUGAAGGAGGUGGCAUACUCAUUCAAUGAGGAUGAAGAGGAAGAGAAGCUUAAAGUCAAAGCCGAGUCCAUUAGCAAGGAAGCCUUACUUUCAAAGGCAACACUGCGCUCAGACAACCAAGAGAUAUCCAAGGAAGAGCUGCGGAGGCAGCACCAAGCCGAACUGGCUCGGCAGAAGAAUGAAGAAACUGCUCGACGUCUUGCCGGUGAUGGUGUUGCCAAUGGAGACAACCGAUCUGCUGUCCGUGCUUCAAGUGAUCUUGUAGCCUAUAAGAAUGUCAAUGAUCUACCACCAACUCCUAAAGAAAUGAUGGUUCAGGUUGACCAGAAGAAUGAAGCUCUCCUUCUACCUAUAUAUGGAAGCAUGGUUCCAUUCCAUAUCUCUACUGUGAAGACCGUGACCAGUCAGGCUGACACUAGUCGCCACUCUUACAUCCGAAUCAUCUUCAAUGUCCCAGGCAUGCCUUUUGCAUCAAGUGAUGUGAAUGUGUCUAAGAAUCAAUCAGCUAUUUAUUUGAAAGAAGUUUCUUAUCGUUCCAAGGACUCUCGUCAUAUAACUGAAUUGAACCAGCAGAUUAAAACACUUAGACGCAAUGUUAUGGCAAGGGAGUCUGAAAGAGCUGAGAGGGCUACUCUAGUCACCCAAGAGAAGCUUGUAGUGGCUGGAAACAAAUUCAAGCCAGUCAGGUUACCAGACUUAUGGAUCCGUCCCUCUUUUGGCGGCCGUGCCAGAAAGCUACCCGGCACUCUGGAAGCUCAUAUGAAUGGAUUCCGUUAUUCGACCACAAGACAGGAUGAGCGUGUUGAUAUCAUGUAUGGAAAUGUCAAGCAUGCUUUUUUCCAGCCAGCAGAGAAAGAAAUGAUCACACUCCUUCAUUUUCAUCUCCACAACCACAUAAUGGUUGGAAACAAGAAAACCAAGGAUGUGCAGUUUUAUGUGGAGGUGAUGGAUGUGGUCCAAACCCUUGGUGGCGGAAAGAGGUCCGCAUAUGACCCGGAUGAGAUCGAAGAAGAACAAAGGGAGAGGGACCGGAAGAACAAAAUCAACAUGGAUUUCCAGAACUUUGCAAACCGGGUUAACGAUAUCUGGACCCAACCGCAGUUCAAGGGUCUCGACCUGGAAUUCGAUCAACCGCUCAGAGAGCUUGGGUUUCAUGGUGUUCCCUACAAAUCAUCAGCCUUCAUAGUUCCAACAUCAAGCUGUUUGGUUGAGCUUAUAGAGGCACCAGUCCUGGUCAUCACCCUUGGUGAGAUAGAGAUUGUCAACUUGGAGAGGGCGGGUUUCGGACAAAAGAAUUUUGACAUGGCAAUUGUUUUCAAGGACUUCAAACGUGAUGUGAUGCGUAUAGAUUCAAUCCCUAUAGCCUCACUCGAUGGAAUCAAAGAGUGGCUUGACACAACUGACAUUAAGUACUACGAGAGCAAGCUUAAUCUGAACUGGCGCCCCAUUUUGAAAACAAUCAUUGAUGAUCCACAAAGGUUCAUUGAUGAAGGAGGCUGGGAGUUCCUGAACUUGGAUGGGAGUGACUCUGAGACUGACAAUACAGAGGAUUCAGAUGGAGAAUUUGAGCCUACAGACGACGAACCUGAAUCAGAGUCUGAGGCUGAGGAGUCUGAUAGCGAAUCCCUAGAGUCUGAAGACCAUGAUGAUGAUGAAGAAGAGGCGGAAGAGUCAGAGGAAGAGGAAGGGAAAACAUGGGAAGAGUUGGAAAAGGAAGCAAGCUAUGCAGAUAGGGAGAAAGGUGAUGAAUCAGACAGUGAGGAUGAGAGGCGACGGAGGAAGAAGAGUUUUGGUAAGUCAAGGCAAAGCAGUAUUGGUAGCCUCCCAAAGCGUCCUAAGUUCAGGUAAGACCUCCCAAAAUGUAAUGUUAUUGCAAGAGCACUUGACGGAAAUGUUGUCUAGAGGAGAAGCCUUUGAACAUUACCACUGGAUUGUUCUUACUGCUACUUCUUUUGUGAAGUCUUCUUUUUUGAUUCCUUGUUAUCACGUGUCCAAUGUUUGGUGGACAGGUAGCACUGUAGCAGGCACUAGUUCGUUGUAGACUUUAUGGGCUUAUCUAUUUUGAAAACUUAACAUUUCUGAAUGCAACUUAACUUUUUUGUUCUUGUGGAUGAGCGUUGAGAAGUGAGAACCAAGACUGAAUGUAAUAUAUCAUCUAUUAUAACCGCAUUCCAAAUGGAAGAAACUCCACUAUGAGCUUGUAUUAAAUUUAUACGGUUAUAA